GUGUAGUAUCAAUAGAAACCAAACACACACAUAAACACACACACACAGAGCGAGAGCAGACAGCAGAUUGAACAGACUUACAGAUGGUGAGCAGUCAAUCAGCGUGACCCUGUGGUCAAAAUGCUACUUGGCCUCGUCUUCCUCUGCUUCGUCUCUCCAGUGCUGUCGUUGAGCUGCUAUGUGUGCACUUUUUCUCUAACCAAUGACGAAUGCAACGUCAACACGCAAGAAUGUCAAGCACCGCUGGACACGUGCAUGACAGUCAUUGACACUUUAGGUCAAACAAAAGCCAUCGUGAAGCAGUGUGCCAGCAAGGCCACCUGCAACGGAGCUGCUUCCACCGCUUUUGUUGAUGAAAAUGGAAACGGGAACGCGGUCAACUGCUGCAAUACUCACAACUUAUGCAACUUCAGUGGGUCAGAGUCUGUUCAUGCAAGAAGACUUGCCUUUGUACUACUUGUACCUGCAUGUGCGCUGUUGUUGUGGUAAUUAUAAGAGGUGGGAAUCUUUUGGCAUCUCACGAUUUGAUUCAGAAUCAAUUCUCGAUUCAUUUCUAUUCAUCUAAUAUAUCAUUUGGUACAUGAAUUAUAAUAAAACCUUUGAAAACAGGUUAGAGGUUACAAAAUCUUUCUUGGCUGCUGCCCUACGGCUUAUAGUGCAUGUCAUUGAAUUUUUUUUGAUUAUUUCAUUAAAAAGAGAAAAAGAAAGAAAACAGAAAGGAUAUACAUUUACAAAUCGAUUGAGAAGACCGAAAUACAAUACCAAUAAAAGGAAAUCAAAAUGAUCAAAACCUACAAUACCAAUAAUGGUUGUUUAAUGUAAAAAUCGGUUCUAAGUUUCCAAACCCCGUUUCCAUAUGAGUUGGGAAAUUGUGUUAGAUGUAAAUAUAAAUGGAAUGCAAUGAUUUGCAAAUGAUUUUCAACCCAUAUUCAAUUGAAUAUGCUACAAAGACAACAUAUUUGAUGUUCAAACUGAUAAACAUUUUUUUUGCAAAUAAUCAUUAACUUUAGAAUUUGAAGGCAGCAACACGUGACAAAGAAGUUGGGAAAGAUGGCAAUAAAUACUGAUAAAGUUGAGAAAUGCUCAUCAAACACUUAUAUGGAUACAUCCCACAGGUGUGCAGGCUAAUUGGGAACAGCUGGGUGCCAUGAUUGGGUAUAAAAGCAGCUUCCAUGAAAUGCUAAGUAAUUCACAAACAAGGAUGGGGCGAGGGUCACCACUUUGUAAGCAAACUGUCAAACAGUUUUAAAACAACAUUUCUCAACGAGCUAUUACAAGGAAUUUAGGGAUUUUACCAUCUAUGGUCCGUAAAAUCAUCAAAAAGUUCAGAGAAUCUGGAGAAAUCACUGCACGUAAGCGAUGAUAUUACGGACUUUUGAUCCCUCAGGCGGUACUGCAUCAAAAAAUGACAUCAGUGUGCAAAUGAUAUCACCACGUGGGCUCAGGAACACUUCAUAAAACCACUGUCAGUAACUACAGUUGGUCACUACAUCUGUAAGUGCAAGUUAAAACUCUACUAUGCAAAGCGAAAGCCAUUCAUCAACAACACAAAGGAACGCCGCCAGCUUCGCUGGGCCCGCGCUCAUCUAAGAUGGACUGAUGCAAAGUGGAAAAGUGUUCUGUGGUCUGACGAGUCCACAUUUCAAAUUAUAUAUGGAAAUUGUGGAUGUAAUGUGUCCUCCGGAACAAAGAGGAAAAUAACCCUCUGGAUUGUUAUAGGCGCAAAGUUCAAAAGCCAGCAUCUGUGAUGGUAUGGGGGUGUAUUAGUGCCCAAGGCAUGGGUAACUUACACAUCUGUGAGGGCACCAUUAACAUAUGUUGUUUUGGAACAACAUAUGUUGUCAUCCAAGCAACGUUAUCAUGGACGCCCCUGCUUAUUUCAACAAGACAAGUGUUACAACAGCAUGGUUUCGUAAAAAAAGAGUGCAGGUACUUUCCUGGCCCGCCUGCAGUCCAGACCUGUCUCCCAUCGGCGCAUUAUGAAGCCUAAAAUACGACAGCGAAGACCCCGGAAUGUUGAAUGACUGAAGAUCUGCAUAAAACAAGAAUGGGAAAGAAUUCCACUUUCAAAGCUUCAACAAUUAGUUCCCAAACAUUUUUUGAGUGUUGUUAAAAGAAAAGGUGAUGUAACACAGUGGUGAACAUGCCCUUUCCCAACUACUUUGGCACGUGUUGCAGCCAUGAAAUUCUAAGUUAAAUAUUAUUUGCAAAAAAAAAAAUAAAGUUUAUAAGUUUGAACAUCAAAUAUCUUGUCUUUGUAGUGCAUUCAAUUGAAUAUGGGUUGAAAAGGAUUUGCAAAUCAUUGUAUUCUGUUUAUAUUUACAUCUAACACAAUUUCCCAACUCAUAUGGAAACCGGGGUUGUAUAUCAAAACAUUGAAAUAAAAUAUAUCUAACAUUUAUUAAUUUUUUAAAAAUUGAUUCUUGAAAAGUAAGAAUCAAUUUGGAAUUGGAAUGAAUAAAAAUCGCAAUCUGGAUGUUUAUUGAUUUUUUUCAGCACCACUAGUAAUUAGGCUGACAUUUCAUGUCCAAUUGUGUUGAAAUCACUUGCUUUAAAUUGUACGUCACGUCAGAUAUAAUUGUGUGGAGUUGGCUCUAGGCUUUCUAUGGCCCCAUUUCGGACUCUUAAUUUUGAUUUCACAAGUUGCUAAUGAAUGCAGCUGAGAUAGGCUCCAGGGACCCCACGCGACCCCAAACGGGACAAGCGGUAGGAAAUGGAUGGAUGGAAGUUGCUAAAUAAACUGAACCCUCCAAGGCCCCAAAGGUCACUGCUAGUUAUUGAAAAUAUAAACAUAGUGAAUCUAAAUUGACUUGAACAUAGAGUCUUUCUGAUCUAGUGGUUGUAGGCCUUGCAAUUUUCACAUGAACAAUUUUACAAUCAUAAAAGGCAACUAAAUCCCAUACAGUUAUGGCUCUGAUGCAGGAAUUCUUAAAUGUCUUGUAAUUAUUGUACAUCAGAGCUAUUUAAUUGUUGCAUUUUUUUGUAUUUAGUGUAUUAGAUUCUGCAACUAGUAUUUGGAACCCGCUGUACGCAAUAUCUGAAGUGCAUGGAAAAAAGCAUUUCACUGUGGUGUGGUCUGCAUGUGACAAAUAAAACUUGAACCUUGAACCUUGA